CUGGUGCCGACGUCGCCAAGCCGAGCCCGGAAGGGGCGCGGGCCGGGAGAGGUGUCUCACGGCGUCGCUGCCGCGUCUCGGUCCCCAUGGCGCUGUGGCGCGGCUCUGCGUACGCUGGCUUCCUGGCGCUGGCCGUGGGCUGCGUCUUCCUGCUGGAGCCGGAGCUGCCAGGCUCGGCGCUGCGCUCGCUCUGGAGCUCGCUGAAGCUGGGGCCCGCGCCCCCGAGUCCCGUCUCCCCCGAGGGCCGCUUGGCGGCCGCCUGGGACGCGCUGAUCGUGCAGCCGGUCCGGCGCUGGCGCCGCGUGGCUGUGGGAGUCAAUGCAUGUGUCGAUGUGGUGCUUUCAGGGGUGAAACUCUUGCAGGCACUUGGCCUGAGUCCUGGAAAUGGGAAAGAUCACACCGUUCUGGGUUCAAGGAAUGAUUUGGAAGAAGCCUUCACUCACUUCCUGGGGAAGGGAGCAGCUGCUGAGCGCUUCUUCAGUGAUAAGGAAGCUUUCCAUGACAUUGCCCAGGUGGCAUCAGAGUUCCCAGGAGCCCAGCACUAUGUAGGAGGAAAUGCAGCUUUAAUUGGACAGAAAUUUGCAGGCAACUCAGAUCUAAAGGUUCUUCUUUGUGGUCCAAUUGGUCCAAAGCUGCAUGAACUUCUUGACAACAAUGUAUUUGUUCCACCAGAGUCAUUGCAGGAAGUGGAUGAGUUCCACCUCAUUUUAGAGUAUCAAGCAGGGGAGCAGUGGGGCCAGUUAAAAGCUCCCCAUGCGAACCGAUUCAUCUUCUCUCACGACCUCUCCAAUGGGGCCAUGAAUAUGCUGGAGGUGUUUGUGUCUAGCCUGGAGGAGUUUCAGCCAGACCUGGUGGUCCUCUCUGGAUUGCACAUGAUGGAGGGACAAAGCAAGGAGCUGCAGAGGAAGAGACUGUUGGAGGUUGUAACCUCCAUUUCAGAUAUCCCCACGGGUAUCCCAGUGCACCUAGAGCUGGCCAGUAUGACCAAUAGGGAGCUCAUGAGCAGCAUCGUGCAUCAGCAGGUCUUUCCUGCAGUGAAUUCCCUUGGGCUGAAUGAACAGGAGCUGCUAUUUCUCACCCAGUCGGCAUCGGGACCUCACUCUUCUGUCUCUUCCUGGAAUGGUGUUCCUGAUGUGGGCAUGGUCAGUGACAUCCUCUUCUGGAUCCUGAAGGAACAUGGGAGGAAUAAAGGCAGAGCCUCAGACCUCACCAGGAUCCACUUCCACACACUAGUCUACCACAUCCUGGCAACUGUGGAUGGACACUGGGCCAACCAGCUAGCAGCCGUGGCUGCAGGAGCUCGUGUGGCUGGGAAACAGGCCUGUGCGACAGAAACCCUAGACACCAGCCGAGUGUCCUUGAGGGCACCCCAUGAGUUCAUGACUUUCCAUUCAGAAGCAGGCUCCAGGAUCGUAUUAAACCCGAAUGAGCCAGUAGUAAAAUGGCACAGGGAGGGAAUAUCCUUCCACUUCACCCCAGUAUUGGUGUGUAAGGACCCAAUUCGAACUGUGGGCCUUGGAGAUGCCAUUUCAGCUGAAGGACUCUUCUAUUCUGAAGUACACCCUCACUAGUGGAAGGUUAUGGUGGAUAAGUUUUCUAAGAAAGGAGAACUAGCCAACUUGAGAAUUACAGAAAGUGGUUUGGAAAAUGGGGUUGAGGGUGUCAGAACUGUUUCUAGAUCUAUUUGGAAGAUAGCCAAAGAAACAAAAGCAGAAUAAACUGUAUCAGAUACAUUCCAGCCUGUUGGCAAUUACAUAAAAACAUUUCAGGUUUUAAUCAAAAUUUAGCUAAUGAGACUGGAUUUGUGUUUUUAAUGUCAUGUGUUGUUAACAGUGCUAGAAACUCAAUUCUCAAAUCUCCAGUUUAUGCAGCAUUGUCAGGUAUUUUAAGCCAAACUUCUUCACCCUUGAGAGCAUGUCAGCUGGAGAAAGCACUUCUCCCUUCUUCACUUCAGAAGUGCACACUUGCCUACCCCCAGUCCUGACCUCUAGUAAAGCCUGAUGUCCCACACAGGCUUUACAUUACAGGUGUGAUGUAAGAAUCCCACACCUCACAGCUCACUGCUUACUCAUGGGAAGAACCAUGAUUUUCAUUCAGUGUUAUAAUGACAACAUUUACUGAGUGUACUUUCUCAGUCUUCUGCUUUCAGACUUAGGAAAGAGCCACAGGUAAGGACAAAACAAUCCCUCCUGUGCUUUAUGAUCACAGCAGGGGUUGGGGAACCCUGAGUAGCUUUGAGGGAGUGAUUCAUUCUGCAGUUUGGAAACCUGGAUGGCAUUGUGAGCUGAAGGACUAUGCCUUCUUGUUCUGGCUUCUUAGAUUGUGGGCUGGCUGGUGAAAGGCUGUAUGGCCUGGGCUCAGCCUCUCUCUCUGGAUAUGCUUUCUGAGCCUUCAAGGAGUUUGCUUUUACAAACUGGAAUAUGCUUCUGUGUGUGUAACAGAUUUUACAUGUUUUGUUUUCAUCCAUAACAUCCAUUAAAGAGUUUGACCUAAGAGCCCCAGGAUCAUGAAUAAAUCUGUCAUGUUAUAUAUUUAUUUUUUUAUAAAUCAAGACUUCUGUGUGCUUUUAAAUAUAUUAAAAACAAUUUACAUUUCAGGAA